AUGAAAAAAUCCCAAAAAUUCCAAGUCAAAAAAAGUCGGUGUUUUCGGUAUUCGUUACCAGCAGUACCGUCAGUCGCACUGAUACUACCAGCAAACAUUGAAAAACUACUUCGUGAUAAUCAAAUAGUUCUACCAGAAGGCAAUGUUAUCUCUACCAAUCGGCUGAUUUCUUCCAACAAUGGUGUGAUACUAUUUCAAGAUUUUCUUCGACCAUUGGGGAAUCCAGUGGUCGUAAAAUAUAUUCCUGAUACUUGGAUGACAUCGGCUGACUAUUUUAGUAGUGGUGCAACGUAUAUUGUGUGUGUUCGAAGAAUACCAUCGAUUAAUCUUAAUCCACAACUAGCGAGAUAUUUAGUAUCACCUGAAGCAUAUUAUGAUCCAAACUUUGGUUUUGUUGUAAUAUUACGGCCGCAAAGAUUCAUUUACUGCAAUCAACAAACAGAAUUGAUAAUGAUUAUCGACACGUAUGCACCAAGAGUAAUGGAGGUAUUAGGAUAUGGGGAUGUCAUUACAAGAUACUAUAAAGACGAUGCGUUAGGAAAAUUUUUGAUAUCAUCCGACGUACUCAUCAAAGGAUUUUGUAAUAUCAUAACAACUGCAUGUAAUAUGGAUGACGACUUAAUAUAUUUUAAUGAUUUACAUCGAAGAAACGUUAUGAUUAAUCGACAUACAGGUCAAAUUAAAAUCGUCGAUUAUGGUGGUUUCAUUUUUGGUCAAGAAUUGUUUACUCAAAUACUUCAAAUAUAUCGUCAAAACGGUGUGAACCUUCCUCGUUUAUCAAAUGUGUACAAAUUCGCGUCCACGUUUGGCGGAAUCAAUCAGCCAGUUCCAUUGAACCAAUAUCGAAAUCAAUUGAUUCUUAUACAUCACAUACUUGGAUAUGAUCUCUACAUCAGUGCCGGUUUUACAUGUGAUUACUUAAAUAAUCGAAUUCUCCGUCAAUCAGUGCCAACAAGUCAGUAUUUAUUGGAUUUUCAAACUGCUAUACCAGUGUUUUUUCAAAAUAUGGCUUCUAAACUAUCAACCGCUAAUAAACGUCGUUUAGUAUGUUUAUAA